GGUAUGCUGUUCGCCUUGUUGUGUAUUCCCCAGCUCGCAUCGCCAUCUUGUAGCAAUCCCUCUUUUACGUAUGUGAGAGAAUUUAUCCAAGGAAUAUAAUUUGGCUCUUUUCCUUUACGAGGAGAGGAAGAGAGCAAUAUACAAAGUGCGUGUUCGGGUCAGCUGCGCUCUAGACAGUGCUCCCAGGGGGACCUCGACUGCGCUUUUUUUCUUCUGUCCCGGGCGACCGGGUAGCCUACCUUGAGGGGCGCGCGCGAUGAGCAUCGAUACUCUUCUGGAGGCGGCCAGAUAUCUGGAAUGGCAAGCCCAGCAACAACAGAUCACACGUGAGCAGGAACAUCGCAGGGAAAAGGCAGAGCUUCACAGUCGGGAGGUGGACUCCAGACGACAAGAGGUCCUGACGUGUUCAGACCAGCCAAUCAGAUUCAGCCGUGUCACCUUGGGGAAUGAGUCAUCACAGGGUCUUCAGCAGCAGCCCCUUUCUCCACCCACUCUCCCCCCUCCCCCUGUAUCCAUCGCUGUCAUCCCCAUGGUACCUGUUGUCACGGCUACACCCUCGGUACCGCAUCUCCCUGUCACCUCGCCGAUCACUGCCACAGCAACCUCACUUCACCUCGGAGGUUCCCAGGUGAUAAAGGGAGCCUCCUCCCCUUCUCAGCAGCAGCAGCCAAUCCAACACCAACUGAUAGCCCAGGUGAAAGCAGAACCUAACUCGGUGACCUCACAGAUGAGUGGAAGCCCAAGCCAAUUGCAACCUCCAAUUCAGAUUCCAUACCCAACCUCCAUUAUUACCACCGCCAUGGCCCAGCAUGCCCUGCUCCCACAACAAGCAAUGCCUGCUCAGCCACGCCCAAAUGGAACCAUCAUGGAUGACAUGAGAAGCUUGGAUGGAAAAAGGCGACCUGGAGGUGCUGGGACCAGAGAGGUCCACAACAAACUCGAGAAAAACCGAAGAGCUCAUCUGAAGGAAUGUUUUGAUACACUGAAGAAGAAUGUUCCAAAUGUAGAUGAGAAAAAGACCUCUAACCUCAGUGUUCUACGCAGCGCCCUGCGUUACAUACAGACUUUAAAGCGUAAGGAGAAGGAGUAUGAGCACGAAAUGGAGCGUCUAGCAAGAGAGAAAAUCUCCACCCAGCAGAGACUGGCUGAGCUGAAGAAUGAGCUGAGUCAGUGUAUGGACGUAAUGGAGAUAGAUAGGCUCCUCAGACAGACUGUCCAGCCAGAGGAUGAUCAGGCUUCUACUUCUACUGCUUCAGAAGGGGAAGAUAACUUUGACCAGGACAUUGACGAAGACCUCUCCCUUCCUCCGCCCUCCUCCCUCCCCAAACCCCCACCUCCUAUCCUGCAGACCCAGUCACUCCUCAGCCCUCACCUGUCUGUCACACACAAGUCCCUCCCCCAGUCUUCUGGGGUCCUGACCAGCCCCUCCCCAUCGGGCCCCCCUCCCCCCCAGGCCAUUGCACCCGCCCCCCCUCCCCACCCCUCUCACCCGCACCCCCAUCCAGCCGUCCAAGUCUCGCCAACGGUGAUUGCCCAUGCCGCUGUCUCCCACACCUCCGUCAUCCAGGCAGUCAAUCACGUGCUCCCUGCCAGUCACAAACACCUGGCACACAUUGCACCUUCCCCGGGUCCCACCUCCUCCACUCCUCAGCCAAUCACAGCUGCCACCGCCCACCAGACAAUCACGGCCCAGCCCAUUGGACACAUCACUGUGCACCCUGUGGCCCACCUGGGCGGCCCGCUGCCCCCCCACAUGUACCCCCAGGGAGUGACAGUCUCCCAACCCACGGUGGUGGGGCACAUCACCCACACUUUCACCCACCACACCCUACCCCACCAGGGCAACCUCCACCACGUCCAGGCGAGCCAUGCCAGCGCUAAUGGGCCCCCGGUAAACGGGGCAGCAAUGCCCAGCCAGGGAGGCUCGUCCCUGGGGAAGCCCACAACCGUACUGGCCCACCACCACCACCAUAACCACCACCAUCCACAGCUGGUGGGCCAAACCACUGUCCUCAACCCAGUCACCAUGGUGACCGUCCCACCCUUCCCUGUUAGCACACUCAAACUUGCUUGAGGGGGAGGUGCAGAGAGAGAGAAAACCUAAAGCAUUGUUGAAAAAAAGGAGAGUGCGGGAGUGAGGGAGAGCGAGAGACCGAGGAAGAAAAAGGAGAGUGAGCGCCAAAGCAUCAGGACUCACAACGUGAACGAGACGUGGGCAGAGACUAGAAAUAAGAGGACUGCAUCGCCCCGGUGGGCUCUGACACCACAGGAUUCGGGACACCAUCCAAACAUUCCACCCACACGUCAACUCAUGUCUGAGUUAGCACCCAAACGUCUCUCUGUUACCGAUUCAUUGCACUACCAUGAGCCCUGGUCAAAUUGACUGCACUGAAUUGGAAAAAGGAGGGGGGGGUGGCUGACUUACAGUCAUUAAAGGGGCUACAACCAUUAAAGGUCCUAUCCUGGACUCCUGAAAUGAUUCUGGAGGACAUCCCGCUCCAGACAGAAUCUGCUCUGGGUGGAAGUUUCCUGCAGACACAGGUCUAGAGUCAGCUCCGCUCGUAGUCCUAACCGGCUGAGCCGAGACCUGUGUAUCAGCCUCUCGCAUCGUCAAUCCCAGCAGGCCAUUGGUGACGGACCGUGGUGUUUUCUGCUGCAAAGACUAGAGUCUUAUCUUCGUUCUUUCCUCUCCCUCUCUCCUUACUCAUCUCUUCAGAUGCACUAACACAAGCUGAAAAUUCACACAGGCCUCAGAAGUCUUACCUGUUCCAUCGUUCCUUCAUUCAUAAAACAGUACUAACAACAGCGUAGAUAAGGACGGGGAGACAGAGAAAAGGGAAAGGUGUUCUCUCAUCCCCUGCCCAACACCCCCCCCUGCUGGCCCUCUCCCAUCAUAGCCACGAAGAACCUUAUCCUGGUGUUAAAACUAGAGAUCGGCCCUGGUGGCUGGACCCCAUAGCGUACCUGCUGUGUGCGUGUGUUUUUGCAAGAGAGUGUAUGGCAAAAGAAAAGAAAGCACUCCUAUAUUUGUCUACGUGUGUUUGAGUGGCCGUCAGAAAGGUAUUUAAUUAUUGUGCGAGCAAGAGAAAAGAAAGCACUAUACCCCUCUUAGCCAGCCUAGGUUUGUCAGAUUGAUUGUUUGAGUCAUCAGAUGUGUACGUGAGCAAUCUCGUAUUGUUCUACUUGUUUCGGCUGUGGCUGUGUUUCUGUGCGUUUUUAUAUUUGACACCGUGGAGGUUAAACCCACUGUACCUGGUGCAUGGUUCUAUUUUUGUUGUAGCAUUUUGACUGGUGCGUGCGUGUCUGUUUUGUAUGAAGGAAUUUGUGGGAUAUGUGUGUUUAAUCAGUUAUAACUGCUGCCUGUACUGUCUUCUGGGCAGGUAUGUCACAUGACAUGUUACGUGACCGGAGUUUUCACCUUAAUUUGAAGAUUUUUACAUCAAACUGCCCCUUUUCCCUUUGUAUAUCCAAUUACCUAGCUCCAUUGUCAAUUUUGUUUUUUACAUUUCUUUUAAUAAACAUUCAAAUCUGGGUCAUGUGAUGUGGCCAUACCAUUAAUGACAUAGAACUGUGACAACCUCAAUGUACGUAAACCUACACCUAAAGAUCUGAGCGCGAGCAAAAAAAAAGCAGUGCAUAUGACGUCCUUCUGUGUUCCAGGUUUGCGUUUGUGCGUUGUGUGACAGGCUGCUGAGAGGUCGGCAGGGUACAAACACAUCUUUAUCACACUCUGAUGUCCGAUGUUCAGUUAGACUUUUCUAAUAUGUGUAUGUAUGGAUGCAUUUUUGUAUACGUGUGAUUGUAUGCAUGUUUUUGCAUAUAUUUGUGUAUUUUGUAGUUUUACCCUUGCUUGGUUUUGCAUGUAGAUUGCUGUUGAGUUUCCGUUGUUUUCUUGUAUGUUUCUUUCCGGGACCAUGAACAAUAUUGUAUGAUGUGGGCAGGAUCAUAGACCUCAUGCUACAAUGAUAUUAUAUACAUAUAAAACACAGAUGUUUUCCCUAUGGAGAAAGUUUAAGUUAUAUAUUGCCUGUGCAUUUUGGGCUGCCUUUUAGAUCUAACUGUCCACUAAGUUUAAGAUAAUAACAGUACUAUAUGAACUAUUGAGGAGAAAAUGACAAUGAAAAUGAAUGACAAAAAUAAUACUUAAGAUUCUUAAUAAAUCUUAUUACAUUUA